UCUCUUUUCUCCGCCAUGUCUACUACAUCUUCCUCCUCCUCCGCUGCGAUCACCGAUGCUGUUACCACCGGUUCUUCCUCUUCAACUCUGGUCAGCAUCAACAUCAACAACAUCACCAAGCUCUCCUCCACCAACUACCUCAUGUGGAACCGCCAGAUCCACUCCCUUCUUCGAGGUUAUGACUUGCUCGCUUUCAUCGACCCCUCUCACGAACGUCCUGCCGAGACUGUCACCGUUGAUGGCAAAAUUUCGCCCAACCCAGCGUAUUCUCUCUGGCUCCGUCAAGACAAUCUCCUCUACAGCGCCAUCAUUGGCUCUAUUGAAGUUGCCCAUCAGCCACUCAUCGCCGCUGCAACCACCUCCCUUGAAGCUUGGACCACUCUUGCCUCCACCUAUGCCAAACCGUCUCGUGGUCAUAUCCGACAGUUGAAAGAUCAACUGAAAUUUUUAGUCAAAAACACCAAAACCAUUGAUGAAUAUAUGCAAUUUAUCAAAACCAAAUUUGAUGUUGUUGCUCUCCUUGGCAAUCCCUACCACCCUGAAGAUCUCACCGACAUUGUCCUUGCUGGUCUGCCUGACGACUACAAACCCGUCAUUGAUGCUGUUCACGGUCGUAAUGUUCCCAUCUCCUUUGCUGAACUUCAUGAGAAACUCAUCAAUCGUGAAUCCCAUCUCCUCAAUCAGCCUUUGUUACCGUCUCCGUUUCCGGUCACAGCGAACGCUGCACAGAAUCGUCCCCAACACUGGAAUCACUCCACUCCCAGCUCGGUGACUUCUAAACCAUGUUACUCUAGUCACACCAACCAUCGACUCCACUCCUCCGGUCAGCGCAAACCUUACCUUGGCAAGUGUCAGGCCUGCGGUGUUCAAGGUCAUACCGCUCAGAAGUGUACUCAGUUUCGGAUUGUCUCCUCUGGACAAAAUCCUCUGCCGCGCGGUUUCUCUCCCUCGCAGCCUCAGGCGUACCAUGCCCUCACCGGACCUAACGAGUCACCAUCUUGGCUUGUAGACACUGGAGCUUCCCACCAUAUCACCUCUGAUCUUGCAAAUCUCUCCCUUCACUCUCCCUAUAACGGAAGUGAAGAAGUGGUGAUUGGCGAUGGUAAAGGUCUCGCCAUCACACAUACGGGUGAAGGAUCUCAACUCGGGGGCACCGGUUCUAACAAGCCCGUCUAGAGGUGGUGGCUAUGAGUGGCUGUGUCGUGUUCCAGCUCCUUUGCUUUUUCUCUAAAAGUCUCUGCUCUUUUAUCGCUUUGGCAUUCUAGAUUAGGACAUCCGUCUCUUUCAGUUUUAAAAACAGUUGUUCGCAAUUCCACUUUUUCAGUUUCUAAUAUAGAAGGUUUCAUUCA